AUGUCUGUGUGGUUGACGCUGGUGAAGAGUUCGCAUUGGGGUCUCGGGUGCAACCAGAAAUCUAUUUUUCUUCAAGUGAGAAACUCGCGGACAGAUUCGACGGAGGAGGACAAGCGAAGCGAUGAUAGCCGCCCACUUAGCCAUGCUUCAGACUUCAGCAGGGACAAUAUACUGUCACUCAGUAACGCACCCCGACGCAGCCGGCGUGGUGUCGCCCCCUACAGUGAGUCACAACGGCCGCUUACCAGGUACCUGCCGGUCGACAGAGAUGACUUCGAUUUACGCAGACAUGUUGAGUCUGCCGGUCACCAGGUAGAGGUGUGCCCCUACGUAUCAGUGACACCAACGUCGUGCCGCGGGUAUCUGCACAAGCUCGGCGCCAAGUUCCACACAUGGUCCAAAAGGUGGUUCGUUUUCGAUAGAGAAACGAAAACGUUCGUCUACUACUGGGACAAGAGUGAGAAGAAACCCAGAGGAGGAGCCUACUUCCAAGUUAUAGAAGAAGUUUAUCUAGACCAUGGCAACACUUCGAAAUCGCCGAACCCCCUUACUACCUUCAUAGUGAAGACCAGACAACGUCGCUACUACCUCAUGGCACCAUCGGGAGAAGCAGCCAGGAUCUGGAUAGACGUCAUCUUCACAGGAGCGCAGGGUUACACAGAGUACCUCGAGUGA